AUGGAGGACGAGGAGAGGCAAAGGAAGCUGGCGGCUGGCAAGGCGAAGCUUGCUCGGUUUCGACAAAGAAAAGCCCAGUGUGAUGGGGACAUUCCGAAGAAACAGAAGAAGAAAAGAACGUCAAGCUCCAAACAAGACUUAAGCUUACAUAGUGAUCCACAGAGCCAUGAGAUCUGUUUGGAAAGUUCUCAGAGGGUAGAGUCAGCGGGGAAUCCUGAUUCCUCCAGUGCAGGAAUAACAAAGCACGGCCAGGCCUUCUCUGCUGAACCUGAAAGUGAAAUUUCAACCACUGCCGAUGAAUGUAGCUCUGAGAUUAAUGGCUGCAAUUCUGUGACGAAACCAGGGAAGCCUACAGAUACCUUCAGGGAAGAAGAAUUUUCAAUUGAUGAUUCUUACUCUGAAGAAGGCGCUCAGUCCAGUCAGACCUGUCUUCAGAUGGUGGAAAGUGAGCUGGCUGAGAAGCAGCAUGAUACUGAAGAACUGACUCCGGAGUUGGAAGCGAUGAGGACCAGCUUUGGGACCGAAGGGCUGAAGCAGUUACAAGAGUUUGAAGCUGCCAUUAAGCAGAGAGAUGGCAUCAUAACUCAGCUCACUGCUAACUUGCAGCAAGCAAGAAAAGAAAAGGAUGACACAAUGAUAGAGUUUUUAGAGUUGACAGAACAGAGUCAAAAGCUGCAGAUUCAAUUCCAGCACUUACAGGCUAAUGAAACUCUGCAAAACAGCACUCUUAGUCGGACUGCCACAGAUUUACUGCAGGCCAAACGACAAAUCUUUACUCAACAGCAACAGCUGCAAGACUAUGAGAAAAAGGAGGAGGACUUGCAAGCGCAGAUUUCUGUUUUACAAGAGAAAAUUAGAGUGUUUGAAAUGGAAAAAGACAGAAAAGUAGAAAACUUAAAUACAAAAGAAAUACAGGAAAAGCAGGCAAUCAUUGAUGAGUUGAACACAAGAGUACUAGAAGAAGAGAAGAAAACCGCCGAGUUAAAGAAUAAAGUAACAACUGCUGAUGAAUUACUAGGACAGUUACAAGGACAGGUUACAGAGAAGGAUCAGGAGAUCAAAAGCCUGAAGCUAGAACUGGUCAACUCUCAGCAAAACGAGCGAAAGUGUUCGGAGGAAAUCAAAGAGCUAAUGAGGACAGUUGAAGAACUCCAGAAGAGAAACCUUAAAGAUAGCCAGCUGGAAACCGGCACCGUGCAAAGGAUGGAACAGGAAACACAACGGAAAUUAAGCCACCUCCAAGCAGAGCUGGAUGAGAUGUAUGGGAAGCAAAUAGUGCAAAUGAAACAAGAGCUAAUAAAACAGCACAUGUCUCAGAUAGAGGAGCUCAAAUCCCAACAUAAGAGAGAGAUUGAGAGCACCGUCAAGUCAGAUGCAAACACUACGGUCAGUAAGGAACAAGUGAAUGUAAUGAAUGCGGCCAUCAAUGAACUCAAUGUAAGAUUACAGGAUACUCAUGCUCAAAAGGAGAAACUCAAGGGAGAGCUUGGAGUAGUUCUGGGAGAAAACUCCGCUCUGCAGAGUCAGUCUAAAGACCUCUUAGAAGAGGUAAGGUUUUUAAGAGAGCAAGUUCAGAAAGCUAGACAGACAAUAGCGGAGCAAGAAAACAGACUGAGCGCUGCACGCAAGUCCCUGAGCACUGUGGAAGACUUAAAAGCUGAGAUCGUUGCUGCCUCCGAAUCUAGAAAGGAACUCGAAGUCAAGCACGAAGCUGAGGUUACAAACUACAAAAUAAAACUUGAAAUGCUAGAAAAAGAAAAAAAUGCUGUGCUAGACAGAAUGGCGGAAUCCCAAGAGGCCGAACUAGAGAGGUUGAGGACACAGCUCCUCUUCAGUCACGAAGAAGAACUGUCUAAACUAAAAGAAGAUCUAGAAGUUGAGCAUCGAAUAAAUAUUGAAAAACUUAAAGAUAAUUUGGGCAUUCACUACAAGCAGCAGAUAGACGGCUUACAAAAUGAACUGAACAGGAAGGUGGAGAGUAUGCAGGUGGAGACAGACAACCUCAUCACGCAGCAGAAUCAGUUAAUUCUGGAGAAUUCAAAGCUAAGAGAUUUGCAAGAAUCCCUUGUUAAUUCAAAGUCAGAAGAAAUGAAUCUUCAGAUCAAUGAGCUGCAAAAAGAGAUCGAAAUCCUCAGACGAGAAGAAAAGGAAAAAGGUACCCUUGAACAGGAAGUUCAGGAGUUACAACUUAAAACUGAGCGACUAGAGAAACAACUGAAGGAGAAGGAAGAUGACCUUCAAGAAAAAUGUGCGCAGCUGGAUGCAGAGAACAGCCUCCUAAAAGAUGAGAAGAAAGUCCUGGAAGACAUGUUGAAAAUGUACACCCCGUCAGACCAAGAGGGAAGAUUAAUUGCCGUAGACCCUAGCUCAUGCAAGUCGGAGGAAGACGCGAGGUGGCAGAAAGAAGCAGAGAUGCUCAGGAAGGAGAACGAGGACCUUAAACAACAGUGCCUUCAUCUAAAUGAGGAGAUGGAGAAGCAAAAGAACACAUUUGCGUUUGCUGAAAAGAACUUUGAAGUUAACUAUCAGGAGUUACAGAGGGAGUAUUCUUGUCUUCUCAAGAUAAGAGACGACUUAGAAGACACACAGACCAAGCAGGCCUUGGAGUAUGAAAGUAAGCUGAGAGCGUUGGAGGAAGAGCUCCGCCUGCCCAGAGGAAGUCCAGCCGUGCCAGAGGGGAGGAUUUCUGGAUUUUCUACCGACAGAGCUUUCCCAUCUGAACCUCUGGAAGUCUGCGAAGUUGUAGAAAAAGAUACAACAGAGCUUAUGGAGAAGCUGGAAAUAACCAAGAGAGAAAAGUUGGAGCUCUCAGAGAAAGUCUCUGGUCUUUCUGAACAACUAAAGCAGACACAUGGUACAAUUGAUUCUCUGAAUGCGGAGGUUAGAGCCUUAAAGCAAGAGAAGGAACAGCUUUUACUGAAAUGUGGAGAUCUGGAGCUUCUCACUAACCCUGAUGGACCAGAAAAUGCAGCUGUCUGCCCUGCACAGAGGCGUUCUUACCAACCUGGGCUUGUAAUGGGGAUGGUCACUGAGUCUCAGGGAUCUGUUUCUAAAAUCAGUGAAGCGUUGGCAGAAGAAUCAAAUCCAAUGACAGAAGGUAAAAUUCCCUUUAAAGAAAGUGGGAGAGAGCAGUUGCUUUUGUCAACAAGAACAAAAAAACCAUCGAGUGCAGCAGCUGAACCAUGUGAAAGUGAGAAACUCCAGCAAGAGCUUCAUGCCCUCAGAGCCGAGCAGGAUGAUUUAAGGCUGCAGAUGGAAGCCCAGCGCAUCUGCCUCUUUGUGGUUUAUUCCACUCAUGCGGAUCAGGUCCGUGCGUACAUGGAAAAGGAAAGGGAGCAAGCUCUGUGCAGCCUUAAGGACGAGCUUGUCUCCGCUCAACAGAAAAAGAUCGAAGAACUUCAUAGAAUACACCAGGGCCAGCUCCAGAAUGCUAAAAUACAGGAGACAGGUGAUGAGCCUUUACAGGUGCUCGUUGAACGACUUCAAAAGGCAGUGUCUGAGAAAUGCUUUCACAUUUCAAAGACCCUAAACAAUGUUUUCGAUGAAUGCUAUACUCCUUUAAAAUGUGAAAUGAAUAUAGAAGAGAAAGAGAAUUCUGGUGUUUACACUUCUCAAAAUCAAAGCCCAGAAUUACAAGAGUAUAGCUACGAAGUUCAAGACUUUCAAGAAAACAUGCAAAUCCUUCUUGGUAAAGUAACAGAAGAAUGCAGCAAGCUCUUGGUACUGCAGACACGUUUAAGCAAGAUUCAUGAACAACACACAGACCAUGUGACGCUCGAGUUUGAUGAAGAAAAUGUGGCAGAAGAGGAAGCAGGCCUUCUGUCAGGUCGUUCUCAGAGUGUGUUACAGAGCACUGAUGUCAGUCACGAGAGCAAGCUGUCUUCUCUGCCAGCCAGUGAGAAGAGCAGAGAGUGUGAGAGGCAAAUCCAGGAGUUACAGAGCCUCGUGGCCGCCGGACAGCUGCAGCUGAAGGAAACUGAAGCAAACUACAGAGCAGAAAUUCAGUGUUUGCAGAAAAGGCUUCAGGCUGUCAGUGAGGCUAUGGUUCAGCCAAGCUUAUCCAUUGAUUCAGUGGAGUUUAAAGGAUCUGGUGCCCAGAAACCAGGCUACUGUGAAAGCUGUCUACGGGAGCGUGUGGACGGCACCGCAGAGUUUUCUGAUGGAUUUGAAGUGAAGCAAGAAACAAAUAUGGUUAAGCUGAUGGAAAAACAGUAUCAAGAACGAUUGGAAGAAGAAAUAGCUAAGGUCAUCGUAUCGAUGAGUAUAGCAUUUGCUCAACAGACUGAACUCUCUAGACUAUCUGAGGGGAAAGAAAACGCUAUACAGUCAGAACAAGCACACGCUCUGUAUUCUCAAAAUGACAUCACAGCACAAUGUCAAGUUGGUCUUCAGACUCUUGAGGCAACGGACAAGAAUUUUAAAGAAGAAUUUAAACCGCUUAGCAAAGAGUUAGGAGAAUACAGUAAAGCAGCUCCUCUGUCUAAUCAAGCUGAUCUUGAUGAUGUGCUGAAGUCAGAAGAGCAUGGACUGACUAUUUCAGAAGAAAUAUUUUCCAAAGACGAAACAUUUAUAGUGAGAAAAUCUAUCCAUGAUGAGGUGUUGGUGUCAAAUAUGGACACUUCUAGACAGCUCAUCUUAAAUGAGCAGUUGGAAGAUAUGCGUCAAGAACUUGUACGACAAUAUGAAGAACAUCAGCAGGCAACAGAAAUGUUGAGGCAGGCCCACAUGCAACAGAUGGAGAGGCAACGGGAAGACCAGGAGCAGCUGCAGGAGGAGAUCAGGAGGCUCAGUGAGCAGUUAACUCAGAAAUCCUCCAUAGAUACUGAGCACGUGGUUUCAGAGAGAGAAAGGGUUCUGUUAGAGGAGCUGGAAGCACUAAAGCAGCUGUCUCUAGCUGGAAGAAAGGAGCUGUGUUGUGAGCUGCGUGACAGCAGUGUGCAAACACAGGAUGGAAAUGACAACCAAGAAGUUGAGGAACAGACAUUAAAAGACAAGACAUUGGAGAGAAAACCUGAAGACGUAUCUCUUGAUAUAAACCUGUCCAAUGAAAGGUACGCUCUUAAAAAAGCCAAUAAUAGACUUCUGAAGAUCUUGUUAGACGUUGUGAAGACAACAUCAGCUGCUGAAGAAACAAUUGGGUGCCAUGUUCUUGGGAUUCUGGACCGAUCUAGUAAAGGUCAGCCAGCUACCAGCCUGCUUUGGAGAUCAGAAGCAGAGGCAUCCACCACAACUUGUGUACAAGAAGAGUGUGCAAGAGCUAUGGAUGAGUCCAUACCCUCCUAUCCUGGAACUGCCAUGGCAACCCACGACAGCAUUUGGUCAAAAGUCACCGAGGAAGGAGCAGAGCUGUCACAGCGGCUUGUGAGGAGUGGUUUUGCUGGGCCUGUAAUAGAUCCUGAAAAUGAAGAACUUAUGCUGAACAUCAGCUCUCGGCUACAAGCAGCUGUUGAAAAACUCCUAGAAGCCAUAAGUGAAACCAACAGUCAGCUUGAACAUGCGAAAGUUACACAGACAGAGUUGAUGCGUGAGUCAUUUAGACAAAAACAAGAGGCAACAGAGUCACUUCAUUGCCUGGAAGAACUGCGAGAGCGCCUUCAGGAGGAGUCCCGGGCCAGAGAGCAGCUGGCUGAGGAGCUCAAUAAAGCUGAGAGUGUCAUUGAUGGGUACUCGGAUGAAAAAACUCUCUUUGAAAGGCAAAUUCAAGAAAAAAACGAUAUAAUAGAGCAUCUUGAACAGGAGUUAUUAUGUAUGAACAACAGACUGCAAGAACUGGAGUCAGACCAGCACCGGAUGGAAGAGGAACGGGAGUUGCUGUCUAGGCAGAGGGAGGCAAUGAGAGCAGAGGCUGGCCCUGUGGAGCAGCAAUUUCUGCAGGAGACAGAAAAACUAAUGAAGGAAAAGCUGGAAGUACAGUGUCAAGCUGAAAAAGUCCGCGGCGACCUUCAGAAGCAAGUGAAAGCUCUGGAAAUUGAUGUUGAAGAGCAAGUCAGUAGGUUUAUAGAGCUGGAGCAGGAGAAGAACGCCGAGCUCAUCGAUCUCAGGCAGCAAAGCCAGGCACUGGAAAAGCAGCUCGAAAAAAUGAGGAAGUUUUUAGAUGAGCAGGCCAUCGAUCGAGAACAUGAGAGAGACGUUUUUCAGCAGGAGAUACAGAAGCUAGAGCAUCAGCUUAAGGCUGUACCUAGACUCCAGCCUGUGAGCGAGCACCAAACCAGAGAGGUUGAACAGUUAACUAACCACUUGAAAGAGAAAACAGACAAGUGCAGCGAGCUGCUGCUGUCGAAGGAGCAGCUGCAGCGAGAUGUGCAGGAAAGGAACGAAGAGAUUGAGAAGCUGGAAUGCCGGGUGCGAGAGCUGGAGCAAGCCCUGCUGGCUACUGCAGAGCCCUUCCCAAAGGCAGAGGACCAGAAAAGGUCUGGAGCUCUAGAAGUGGAACCAGAAUUAUCACUAGAAGUUCAAUUGCAGGCUGAGCGGGAUGCUACAGAUAGAAAACAGAAAGAGAUCACCAACCUAGAAGAACAAUUAGAGCAGUUUCGGGAAGAACUGGAAAAUAAGAAUGAAGAGGUUCAGGAACUUCUCAUGCAGCUAGAAAUUCAGAAAAAGGAGUCCACCACCCGCCUGCAAGAGCUCCAGCAAGAAAACAGAUUAUUUAAGGAUGAAAUAGAAAAACUUGGGUUUGCCAUGAAGGAAUCUGAUUCUGUGUCCUCUCGGGAUCAGCCCAUGCUGUUUGGCAAAUUUGCACAGCUAAUACAAGAAAAGGAGAUUGAGAUUGACCGGUUAAACGAACAGUUUAUAAAACUCCAGCAGCAACUUAACCUCACAGCGGACAACAAGGUCAUCGAAGAACAAAAGGAACAGAUACGAGCUCUAGAAGCAAAGAUAGAAUGUUUGAUGAGUGAUCACGAGCAUGUGAAGAAACAGAGCGAGGCAGAAAUAGAGCAGCUCGGUGGUGUGAUUGAGAAGUUGCAGCAGGAGUUGGUCACCAAUGAGCAGAAGAGAGAGGAUGCCGAGACGCUCCCAGAAGACGAGGAGAGCUUUAAACAUCAGCUGGACAAGGUGACUGUUGAAAAGCUAGUUUUAGAACAACAAAUAGAAACCACCAACCAGGAAAUGACGUACAUGAAAAAUGUACUUAAAGAUAUCAAUUUCAAAAUGGAUCAGAUAACACAAUCACUGUACAACUUGAAUAAAGAAUGUGCCAGCAAUAAAGAACUUCCAAGCGUACCAAAGGGACAUGCCCUCAUGACUCUGCAUGCGCUUGGCAGUGACAAACUGCAGCCCGAAGAUGCCCCUGCCCAGGAUGCUUCCAAGCCUCUAGAAAAUCACACCUCCCUUACAUGUCUUCAAGAAAGUACUAAAGCUUCUAGAAUACUAGACAUAAAGACACUGCCACUGGAGGGGUCUGUUAGUACCAAGGACUUUGAGCUAACCCAGUGUCAUAAACAAAUAGAAACCAUACAAGAGCAAGACCAGUCUGAAGUAGAAAUGCUUCAGAAGAAGAUCACAGACCUGCAGACGAUGCUUGAGAAGCUCGCUGCUGCAUUGGUCAGUCAGGUCCACACGGAAGCGGCUCAGGAGUAUGUGCAGUUCUGCCAAGAAAAGCAAACGGUUUCAUCAGCAUCUGACAGGACAGAUGCACAGAACAUAAAUUGUCUGACAGAAAACAAUGUGGAGACCGAUGUCCCCACAUUGGCCGUGAGGCUAGCAGAGUUGGAGAGCCAAGUAGCUGAAGGGCAUAGUGGUAUAGUGACAGAAAAACAUGUGGAAAUUGUGGAGAAAAGUGCCUCAGAGACAGAAGAGAAAGUUGUGGUGCUACAGAAGCUCUUAGAGGAAGCCAAGAAAAGGCUAGAAGAGGAAGGAGAAAGAAGCCCUAGGGAUGGCGAGACAACUGUUACGCUAACUCACGCCAGUGGAGACAAUGGAUUCUCAGGAGGACUUGAAGCUCUUGAAGCAGAGUCAGUAGCCACUUCAGAACUCACCAGUUAUAAAAAAAGGGCAGAAAAGCUUGAAGAAGAUCUUUUGGUAAAAGAAAGCUACAUAACAUCACUUCAGAGAGACUUAGGCCAAGUCAAAGAUCAACUUGCAGAAGCCAAGGAGAAAUUAUCCCACUUGGUAGAAAAAGAAAAUAGGACUGGAGAAGAGGAAAGCAGAAGGGUCCCCACACCAGAGCCUCCUUCUGUGGAUGUGGGUGGCUGCUCUGGGCCCACAGAGAGAACAGGCAAGGUCAGCAGCAGCAGCCAGACCCCACAGAUCCUUGUUAGAAAUGCAGGGAUUCAGAUGGACUUACAGAGCGAGUGCUCCCAAGAAGAAGUCAGAGAUACCAUCAGUCAAUUUACUAAAAAAAUGGAACACAUACAAGAGCUGCAUGCUGCUGAGAUUUUGGAUAUGGAGUCCAGACAUAUUUCCGAAACCGAGUCUUUGAAGAAAGAACAUUCUGUUGCGAUCCAGUUACUGACUAAGGAGUGCGAGACCCUGAAGGAGAUGACCCAGUGUCUAAGAUGCAAAGAGGGAUCCUCCAUUCCUGAAUUGGCAGAUUCUGUUGCUUAUCAAAGUAGAGAAGUAUAUUCCAGCGAUUCUGAAUCAGACUGGGGUCAGGGCCAGGGAUUUGAUACAUCAUUAGAAGACCGAGAAGGAGGGGAAACUUCAGCAGAUUUAUUUCCAAAGAAAAUAAAGGGAUUAAUGAAAGCUGUUCACAGUGAGGGCAUGCAGGUGCUUUCUCUCUCAAACCCCCUCUGUGAUGAUGGAGAAGACCAUUCCGUUCAGCAGCUUUCAGAAUCUUGGCUGAAAGAGAGACAAGCUUACCUGAAUACCAUCUCAUCUCUUAAAGAUUUAAUUUCUAAAAUGCAAGUGCAAAGAGAAACUGAGGUCUGUGACAGUUGUCAGUCUCAUGACAGCUUCUCAGACUGGCGAGGUGAACUCCUACGUGCCUGUCAGCGUGUUUUUGUAAAGGAACGUAGUGUUUUACUAGCUACGUUCCAAACUGAGUUGACGUCUCUCAGCACUAGAGAUGCGGAUGGAUUAUUAAACUCUUUGGAACAGAGAAUACAAGAUCAGGGUAUUGAAUAUCAAACAGCAAUGGACUGUCUGCAGAAAGCAGAUAGGAGGAGUUUACUGGCAGAAAUAGAAGAUCUUCGUGCUCAAAUUAAUGGCAGGAAAAUGAUUCUGGAAAGAGAAGAAGAAUCUGAGAAAGCCAGCCAAGAACUCCUGGACUGCAGCAUGCAGCAGAAGCAGCCCCACGUACUGGAGCUGCAGCUGGAACUCAGCAGCCUGAGAGACAGAGCAACCGAGCUGCAGGAGCAGCUGAGUUCAGAAAAGAUGGUGGUGGCAGAACUAAAAAGUGAACUUGCACAGGCAAAACUGGAAUUGGGAACAACACUCAAGGCCCAGCAUAAGCGCUUAAAGGAAUUAGAAGCUUUCAGGUCAGAAAUUAAAGAGAAGACCGAUGAAAUCCAUUUCCUUAGUGAUACUUUAGCAAGGGAGCAGAAGAAGUCACUGGAACUGCAGUGGGCUUUGGAAAAAGAAAAGGCCAAGUCAGGACACCAUGAGGAGUGGGAAAAAGAAGAACUCGAGGAUCUGAAAUUUUCCCUUGAGGAUCAGAAGCAGAGAAAUACACAGUUAAACCUCCUUUUGGAACAACAGAAGCAGCUACUAAAUGAAUCUCAACAGAAAAUAGAGUCACAGAAAAUGUUGCAUGAUGCCCAGUUAUCGGAAGAACAAGGCCGCAAUUUAGGGCUUCAAGCUCUACUGGAAUCAGAGCAAGUUAGGAUUCAGGAGAUGAAGAGCACCCUAGACAAGGAGCGGGAACUGUAUGCCCAGCUGCAGAACCGUGAUGAUGGCGGGCAGCCCCCGCCAGCCUUGCCCUCUGAGGACCUACUUAAAGAGCUACAGAAACAACUGGAGGAAAAGCACAGCCGCAUAGUAGAACUCUUAAGUGAAACUGAAAAAUAUAAACUAGAUUCCUUGCAAACAAGGCAACAAAUGGAAAAGGACAGGCAGGUCCAUCAGAAGACACUGCAGACAGAGCAGGAGGCAAACACCCAGGGCCAGAAGAAGAUGCAGGAGCUGCAAUGCAAAGUGGAAGAACUGCAGCGCCAGCUCCAGGAGAAAAGGCAGCAAGUGUACAGGCUGGACCUGGAGGGGAAGCGGCUGCAAGGGAUCAUGCAGGAAUUCCAAAAGCAGGAGCUGGAACCCGAGGAGAAACGAGGGAGUAGAGGACUUGUGCAUCAUAAUCUUAAUGAGCCAGCCACCUGGAACUUCACUGAUGAUCGGACUAGAAAUUGGGUUCUUCAACAGAAGAUGGGAGAGACCAAAGACACGAACUUCACAAAGCUGACUGAAAUAAACGGAGGAGAACUUGACCAGAAUCAUGACUUGGAAAUGGUCAGACAGACACUUCAGCAUGUGGCUUCAAAGCUUCAGCAUGUAGCACAGAAAGCCUGCAGCAGGCUACAGUUUGAAACAGCAAGUGAUGAUGCAUUUAUUUGGAUUCAGGAGACUAUUGAUGGAAUUAUUUUGCAAUUACAGAAACUAACUGGCCAGCCAAGUGAUGAGCACAGCUUAGGACCCCCCAGUUCUUCUUGUGGCUCCUUAACCGAAAGCCUAAUGAGACAAAAUACUGAGCUAACAAGACUUAUUAACCAACUGACAGAAGAAAAGAACACCUUACGGAGUAUAGUCCUAAAGCUGGAGGAACUGAACCGGUGUUACUGGCACACAGGGGCCAGCAGAGACUGUUGUUCUAGGUUUUCAUUUAUUGAUCCAGCUGACAUCGAAGCCAUAAUUGCUUCAGAAAAGGAAGUCUGGAACAGAGAAAAGUUAUCUCUUCAGAAAGCUUUGAAAAAGGCAGAAGCAAAAGUGUAUAAGCUAAAAGCUGAACUACGAAAUGAUGCUUUACUUCGGAAUCUGAGUCCUGACUCUGAGCAUGCUGCCUUGCAGAAAAUUUAUAAUAAAUACUUGAGAGCUUCAAGUUUCCGGAAAGCUCUCAUAUAUCAGAAAAAAUACCUGCUGCUGCUCCUGGGGGGAUUCCAGGAGUGUGAAGACGUCACCCUGGGGGUUCUUGCCCGGAUGGGGGGACACCUAGCCUUGAAAGAUCCCAAGACAAUCACCAGCCACCCAAAGGGAUUCACCAGGUUUCGUUCUGCCGUCAGAGUGUCUAUUGCAAUUUCAAGAAUGAAAUUUUUGGUGCGGCGGUGGCAGCAAGUGACAAGUACUAGUUCCAUCAAUAUUAACAGGGACGGCUUUGGACUGAGUCCAGGCAUUGAAAAGAUUGAUCCAUUCUCUCAUUCUCCUGGUGGGCUGGAGCUGUAUGGAGAACCAAGACACACAACAUACCGCUCAAGAUUCGAUUUGGACUAUCCUAGAUCUCCCUUACCAUUGCAGAAUAGGUACCCGGGUACUCCAGGAGACUUAAAUUCUAUUUCAAUGGCUUCUUCUCAACUUCACCAGUACAAUCCUGAUAAAUCUCUAACAGAUUACGUCUCUAGGCUAGAGGCACUGAAAAGGCGACUUGGAGCUAUACAGUCAGGGUCAACUACUCAAUUUCACUUUGGCAUGAAGAGAUAAUCCUUUGAAACAUUAACUGAUUAUUAAAUAGAUUCCCUUUUGUAAAUCAAUGGCUCUUUUGUGCUUUUGUAUUGUGAAUAUUCAAUGGGACCAAUACAUACACAGCUUAUGAUUGUAUACAAAUCCUCAGCAGCACAUGGAGACCAACUGGAGUUUGUGUAUAUAAGCAUUGUGUGUGUUCAUGCACAGUAAUCAUUCAAUUACAUGUAUAUUUGUGGAAUGCUAAUUUAAAUGAGUAAAUUAUAAACUUUGUGUAUUUAUGAGGUGGGUGAAAAGAUUAAACUUUUUCAAAUGGCCGUGCUGCUGGAUGAGUAGCUUGCCGUGUCCUGCGCUUUCCUUACAAAGCUACUGAAGUUACAUGUUUCUGCUUAAUAUAUUUGCUACUGGUGAUGAAGACAACAUAUCACUUGUAGAGACCUAUUUUUGUAUAAUGGUCGGAGUUUUGAACUUUAUGGGUAUUUUGUCAAGUACUGAAAUAAAAGAGCUCACCAUUUUCACCGUA